AUGCACAACUAUAAUGUAGAUAGUAAAUAUUAAUAUACUUGUAGAAUAGGUAAUUGGAGUGAAGAAUAAGAAUUAGAUGAAUAUAAAAUGAAAGAAUAUUUAAGAAAAAAAGAAAGAUAAAACCUUGUAAGCACUUAAUAAGAAGAGAAAUUAUACACAAGCUUAAAUGAUGCUGCAUUAACUUAUUCUUAAGAUGGAUUAAUAAGAUUUGGAGAUAGAAUAAUGCUUUAAAGUUUAAGUGCGCAAGGAUUUGUAGCAUGUGAUAUUUAUGAUAAAAUAGUUGGUUAAAAUGAAGCUUAUGCUAUAAGUGUAACCUAAAACCUUAAACCAUAAGUUAGAUCAGUAUUUGAAUUAUAAAGAUAUGAUAAAGAAUAAGAUUUUUAUUAAGAUGAUAUAAUACAUUAUGGAUAAUAAUUUAGAAUAUAAAUAAACAAAAGAUUAUUUGACAAAGAUCUUUUUAUUUCCAGUUGCCACAUAACUCCUUAAAAAUCUGCCAAAUUUUCUGCUAAAUAAGAAGUAUGUGCUAUUAACCAAGAUACAAUUAGUACAGUUUGGGUAUUUGAAUAUUCAGAUCCUAAACUAAGAUUCGAAAUGAAAGGAUAACCAGUAAACGCACAUGAACCUGUUUUAAUAAAACAUGUAAUAACUAAUUAAUGGUUAGCAUGUAAUGAUUAAAUAAUUUAUGAUAAUUAAUAUGGGUUAGAAUACGAAAUAUAUUGCCAUUCUUAUUUAACACAUAAUAAGACUUAAAAUUUAAUAGCUGAAAAAAGUGGGAGAAAAACCAUUGAAACCCCAAUGAAAAAUUAACAUCUUUUUAAUCAUUUUAAAGUCUUUACAAGUUUUUAACCUGAAUCGAAUUUCGAUGAUACUUUUGUUAGAUAAAAAAAUGCUCCUACAUCGGAAGAUUUACUUGUGAAAUUAAAAAGAUAAUUAAGAAUAAGAGGUCCUUAUGGAUUUAGCUCUUUUGCUCAUGUUUUUUAUGGAUUAGAUAAAUAAAAUUUAAAAGUUCUUCCUAAUAAUCUUUUUAUUUAAGCUUUUAAAAUUUUUGGACUUAGUAUUUAAGAUUAAGAUAUAUAAUAAUUAGUUUUAUAAUAUUAAAAUUAAAAUAGAAGUAUUAAUUAUUAAGUGUUUUUGAAUUAAUUAAGAGGAUAAUUAGAUUAAAAUAGACUUGAUUUAAUUGAAAAAGCUUAUUUGAUAAUUAAAGAAAAGUUAGGAAAAAUAACACUAUUUGGAUUAAUUGAAUUAUUCAAAAAAUAAAAACAUCCUGAUGUUCUUAAAAAAUAUAAUACUGAAAAAGAAGUUUUGAAUGAUUUUAUAAUUAAUUGGGGUAAUAUUGAUUAAUAUAGUGAAAUUAAUUAAGAAGUCUUUUAGAAUUAUUAUCAUAAUUUUAGUAUUUCAGUUGAUAAAGAUGAUUAUUUUGAAGCUGUUAUGAAAAACGUAUGGGAUUUAGAAUGA